AUGAACCAUCUCCCGAUGUUGGCGCCACGGCUGCCAGGCCACUCCCCGCCAGCCAGCUUGCCCCCAGCAUCGAAGGAGCACACGGAAUUGGAGUGGGAAUCAAAAAAAUCCAUCAUUAAGCAUCUCUACAUAGACGAAAGUCGUAAGUUGAACGAAGUCAUGGCUAUUCUUGAAAAGAAGCAUGGCUUCGCCGCAACUGAGCAAAUGUUCAAAAAACGACUGCGGAAGUGGAAUUUCCGCAAAAGAACGUAUCGGAAGCACUCACAUGUUGCGUUUCCCGUCACACCUCUCCAGCGAGAAGAGGAAGAUGACGAUGCAGAGGACAUUCCCAGAGACUCUUUGCAGGAAAUCACAGCCCUUACUUGUCUUCAACCUUCACCCCUGGAGUGUCACGCCAGGCUUGAGGUCAUCCUUGGAAGCGUACUGUCUUGGAGCUCUGAGAAGCUUGACACAUACCAGAUACAGUCGGACCAAAUGUCCAAAUACCUGGCGCACCCCAACCAGCCACCUAUUGAGGAUAGCCGGACCAUGUAUCGAACAUUUGAACUGUUUUUUGAUAUGUGGAAAUAUGGGAAAGGUAACUUGGCCGGCCUGGCAGCAAGGAAGGGGUUCUACAUUCUCGAAUAUGUGUUGACUGUGGACCAUCCGGACUUGAUCUGGCAUAUGCUUGAUAUCAUUUACGACAUGAUACAAAAGAAUCACAUCCAGUUACUGGGGAUGUUCCUUGGCCAUGCCACCGCUCUUGCAGAGGCCAGGCUACCUCAACAGCAUCCCCUUGUUAGAAUUCUCCACCAGCUUCGCAGGUGUGACUUUCAGACCGAGGAAGGGCGCCAGCACGCGACACAUGUUCUACGGCAGGCUUGGUUACGGAAUGUUGAUUUAUUGGGCGAUCGUGUCAGCUCGCCGCCCUCUGAUAGCCUAUGGCUCUAUGAGCAGCUGAUAUGGGAUGCGCGAACAAACCUACGGAGAGAGAGCAACCUGGCAAGAAAAGGCGAGGCCAUGACUAACGCACUGGAGGCGCUCGCGCUGAGUCGGGAAUCCGGGCCUGGCGAUGAAUCAAAUGCAUCGGACUCACUGAGGGUGGCCGCCCUCAUGCUGGAGUUUGCCCAGAUGGAUUUGCAAAAUAAGGAGAAGGCAAAGGAGCUGGCCGUCUCACUCCUAGAGAGCACCCAGGACUCGGAAACCUGUACCGGAGCCAGAUUUCAUGCGUAUGCGCGGAAGAUGCUCGCCAGGAUACAGCAGGGCAGAUGCGAGUGGGAUUCGGCCGAGGAGAACCUGAAAAUGGCCAUCCGAAAGCGCGAGGCUGCUCACGGCACAGACAGCGACAUCCGAGUUGUGCGCGACAUGUGGGUUCUUGCUGACCAUUACCGACGAGCCGGCAAACCAGAGGUCGCUGACCUUGUCAUUGAUGAUGCGCUUUCUCGGGCACAGAGAUAUUUGGAGGACGGGAUUCUGGAAGUCUCAGAGACCGCAACUACACAGCAGAUUCGCGAUGCAUACAAACGCGCUGCAUUGAAGACUCACCCAGACAGAGUCGGCUCAGACUCCCCUGAGCGGGCAGAGAGGACACGAAAGUUCCAGCUCGUCAAUGAUGCCUACUAUACCCUUUCUGAACCCGCCAGGCGUCGUGACUACGACGCCCAGCGCAAGCUCUUCAACACAUCUACCUCAUCAACGGCUGAUCCCUUCGAGGAUCCCGCCGAAGAGGUGCCGCAGGGAGAAGGCCAGAACGGAUUUUCUUGGGCAUGGAACUACUUUACGAAUCAGAGUGGGGCAGAGCGGCAGCGAACGGAGGACGCCCAGUUCGGCAAUGUGUUCGAGGAGAUGAUGCGUGAGGAGGGCAUGGCCGAGGAGGGCACUAAUAGGCCAACGAGCAAGUUCUGGAGCGUCAUUGGUGGAAUGAGCGGCGGAGCCCUUGGCUUCAUUGUCGCCAACGUACCUGGACUGGUAGCUGGUGCAGUUGCUGGAAACAGACUCGGGGCCGUUCGGGAUGCGAAGGGGAAGAGUGUCGCAGCCGUUUUCCAAGAGCUUCCACAGGAUGAUAGAGCUAGGCUCCUUAGCCAGCUUGCUGCGAGGGUUUUCAGCCAUGCAGUUGGAAUUUGA